GAGCCCCGAGGAGCCGCCACCAGUGCCGCCCUGUGCGUGCUUCGGUAGCCGGAACAGGGCCACCGUCGAAGCACCACAGCGCACACAGUUCUCCGCUCAACAUGAUGGACUUGGAGCUGCCGUCACCGGAACUGCCGUCCCAGCAGGACAUGGAUUUGAUUGACAUACUUUGGAGGCAAGAUAUAGAUCUUGGGGUAAGUCGUGAAGUAUUUGAUUUCAGUCAGCGACGCAAGGAGUAUGAGCUGGAAAAGCAGAAAAAACUUGAAAAGGAAAGACAAGAACAACUCCAAAAGGAGCAAGAGAAAGCAUUUUUUGCUCAGCUUCAACUAGACGAAGAGACAGGUGAAUUCCUCCCAAUCCAGCCAGCCCAGCACAUCCAAUCAGAAACCAGUGGAUCUGCCGACUACUCCCAGGGUGCACACAUUCCCAAACCAGAUGCUUUGUACUUUGAUGACUGCAUGCAGCUUUUGGCGGAGACAUUCCCAUUUGUAGAUAACAAUGAGGUUUCUUCAGCCACGUUUCAGUCACUUGUUCCAGAUAUUUCCAGCCACAUUGAGAGCCCAGUCUUCAUUGCUCCUAGUCAGACUCAGACACCUGAAACUCCUGUCCUUCAGACAACUCCUGAACAUCUAGACAAUAUGAUGCAGGACGUUGAUCAAGUGUGGGAAGAGCUGUUAUCCAUUCCAGAAUUACAGUGUCUUAAUAUUCAAAAUGACAAGCUAGUUGAGACUAACACUGUGGCAAGUACGGAAACAAAACUGACAGAAAUUGACAACAGUUACCAUUUCUACUCAUCUAUACCCUCACUGGAAAAAGAAGUAGGUGACUGCAGUUCAAAUUUUCUCAAUGCCUUUGAGGAUUUCUUUGACAAUAUUCUACCUACAGAUGACUCAAACCAGUUGACAGUGAACUCAUUAAAUGCAAAUGCUACAAUAAACACCGAUUUUGGUGAUGAGUUUUAUUCUGCUUUCAUAGCAGAGCCCAGUGUCAGCAACAGCAUAUCUUCAUCUGCGGCAUUAAGCCAGCCGCUGACAGAACUUCUGAAUGGGUCUAUUGAUAUUUCUGAUCUAUCACUUUGUAAAGCUUUCAACCAAAGCCACCCUGAAAGCACAGCAGAAUUCAAUGACUCUGACUCUGGCAUUUCACUGAACACAAGCCCUAGCAUGGCAUCGCCAGAGCACUCAGUGGAGUCUUCCAUCUACGGAGACACACCGCUUGGCUUCAGUGACUCAGAAAUGGAAGAGAGGGAUAGUACUCCUGAAAGCGUCAAACUGAAUGGUCCUAAAACACAGCCAGUACAGUCUUCUGAAGAUACAGCCCAACCCCUGUCACCAUCUCCAGGGCACAGUGCCUCUGGGGGUGAUGCCCUGUGUGAAAACACCCCAAAAAACGAGUUGCCUGUAAGUCCUGGUCAUCGAAAAACCCCAUUCACGAAAGACAAACAUUCAAGCCGCUUGGAAUCUCAUCUCACAAGAGAUGAGCUAAGGGCCAAAGCUCUCCAUAUUCCAUUCCCUGUAGAAAAAAUCAUCAACCUUCCUGUUGACGACUUCAAUGAAAUGAUGUCCAAGGAGCAAUUCAGUGAAGCUCAAGUUGCAUUAAUCCGAGAUAUACGUCGAAGGGGUAAGAAUAAAGUGGCUGCUCAGAACUGCAGAAAAAGAAAACUGGAAAAUAUUGUAGAACUAGAGCAGGAUUUGGAUCAUUUAAAAGAUGAAAAAGAAAAAUUGCUCAGAGAAAAAGGAGAAAAUGACAAAAGCCUCCACCUCCUGAAAAAACAGCUCAGCACCUUAUACCUUGAAGUCUUCAGCAUGCUGCGUGAUGAAGAUGGAAAACCCUAUUCUCCUAGUGAAUACUCCUUGCAGCAAACUAGAGAUGGCAAUGUAUUCCUUGUUCCCAAAAGUAAGAAGCCAGAUGUUAAGAAAAACUAGGUUUGGGAAGAUUGAUUUGAUCUUUUUUGAGCUAGUGUUAAUGUUGAUGCUGUUUUUUUGUACUGUUAUACUAAAAGCUCCUACUGUGACAUGAAAUACAGAAAUAUACUUUAUAAGUACUUCUAUGCAAGAUUAUAGCCAAAACUAGUAUAGAAAAGAAUGUAAAACUUUAAAAAGCAUUAAAGUUACCAGUAUAUUGAAUCAGUAGUUUCACUUUAACUGCAAACUUAAUUUCUUAGAAUACCAAAGUGUAAAUACUAGAAAACUUAUUUAUACUGUUCUUAUCUCAUUUGUUACAUUCAUAGAUUUUUAUGAUUAUAUGACAUCUGGCUAAAAGCAAAUUGUCUCCAAACUAACCACUAUAUACUUUUUUUAUAAAUACUGUAUGAACAAAAAUGGCAAUUUUUUUAUAUUAAAUUGUUUAGCUCUGGAAAAAUUUUAAAAGCUGGUACUAAUAAAGGGAUAUUAUUAUGACUGUUAAA